AUGAGUUAUUUCAGCUGGAACUGCCGUGGGCUGGGGAAUUCUAUGGCAGUUCAUGUGUUGUUGGGCUUUGUAAACAAAUACAAGCCCGACAUUCUUUUUUUGUGUGAAACUUUAAGUAAUGCGUCGAAGAUGGAACAAGUCCGAAUUAAAUUAAAAUACGAAAAUUGCCUUACUGUUGAGGCGACGAGAAGGGGCGGUGGCUUAGCUCUGUUGUGGAACGGGGGCUUAGAUGUGGAGGUCGUGGGCUACUCCAACCAUUACAUCGACACGGUUGUUCGGCAGAAUGGAAACCGAUGGCGGUUCACAGGAUUCUAUGGUAGUCCUAAACGUCACCAACGCCAUAUCUCUUGGAAUAUUCUAAGGUACCUCUCCUCUUUAAAUGACCUCCCCUGGGUUCUUAUGGGGGAUCUGAACGACAUAUUGGAUGCCAGAGAAAAGAUGGGGCGGGUGCCUCACCCUCAAUGGCUGAUGAGGGGUUUUCGAGAGGCAGUUAGGGCAAGUGGUUUGUUCGACUUUCCCUUCGAGGGAUAUCAAUACACAUGGGACCGCGGGCGGGGAACUGAGAAUUGGGUGAGGGAGAAACUCGAUAGAAUACUGGUAUCGGGCAAUUGGAUGGACCUUUUCACAGAAGCAAGGGCUUGGUCUAUUGAGGGCAGUAGCAGUAAUCAUAUGCCACUACUGUUGGAGACGAACACGAUUGGCAACAGACACUAUAGGAGGAGGCCACGGUUUGAGAAUUCAUGGGGUCAUUUACCAGAAUGCAAAGGGGUGGUGGAAAAUGCCUGGGCGUCACUUGACGGCAAUCCUAUUGCGGAACGCCUUGCGGCUUGCGGCAGACAUGUGUGGGAAUGGGGUAGACAACAGUCAAGCAAAGAGGGGAGGGAGAUUGCGAGGUGUAGAGAGCGGAUGGGGAUUUUGAGAGGGGCUGUAGACUCUGAGGGGGUUCGGGAAGCUGUGUUCUCUAUGCAUCCGGACAAAUCACCAGGCCCCGAUGGUUUGUCCCCAGCCUUUUUCCAGCUGCAUUGGGAUAUCCUGGGAGAUGAGGUAUAUCUUUUCUGCCAUAAUUUCCUUGACUCGAGUCAGUUACCUACUUUAAUAAAUGAAACCCACAUUGUCUUGAUUCCAAAAACAAAACACCCUGAGUUGAUGUCUGAUUUUCUCCUCAUAUCUCUUUGUAACGUGUUUUAUCGUAUCCUAGCAAAAGUCUUGGCUAAUAGGUUUUGGGGGGUGCUUGAUUCUAUUAUAUCACAUGCUCAAAGUGCUUUCAUUCCGUGUCGUUCAAUUAUUGACAAUGUUCUGAUUGCAUUUGAGUCUACUCAUGCCUUAACUCGAAACAAGGGUAGUAGAGGUGGCUAUUGUGCUUUAAAGGUUGACAUGAGUAAGGCUUUUGAUCGAGUCGAAUGGGGUUUCCUAGGACAAGUCUUAAAAAAGCUGGGCUUUGGUGACCGUUGGAUUGGCUGGAUGAAGGAGUGUGUUUAUACUGUCCGCUAUAAUGUUUUGAUUGAUGGGAGGAAAUGGGUAUUUGAAGCGAGGUUCUUAAGAGAUACUUUAGAGGAGUACAGGGGUGCAAGUGGUCAACAGGUUAAUUUUACAAAGACAUCAAUUAUUUUUGGAAAUAACGUGCACAGGGAGGAUAAGGAGGCUGUAUGUAAGACCCUGGGAGUUCACGAACAGCAGGGCCGGGGGAGAUAUUUGGGGUUGCCGGGGUUUGUAGGGAGACGGAAGAAGGAGAUUUUAGGGUUCAUUAAGGAGAAAGUUCGGGCUAGAAUCACGCAUUGGGGGAACCGUUAUUUGUCCCAGGCUGGGCACGAAGUCCUUCUUAAAACUGUCCUUCAAAGCAUCCCAAACUAUGCGAUGAAUGUUUUCUUAUUACCUAAGGGGAUUAGUGAGGACAUUGAGCGGCUAAUGAACUCCUUUUGGUGGGGUUGUGAAGGGAAAGGGGGUAAGGGGAUUCGGUGGAGUACUUGGGGUGCCCUAUGCAAACCAAAGAAGUAUGGGGGAAUGGGAUUUAGAAGAGUGAGGGAGAUGAAUCUAGCUAUGUUGGGUAAGCAAGGAUGGAAGUUUUCAACUAACCCGGAGGCGUUAGUCACACGGGUGUUUAAGGCUCGCUACUUUCCAAAGUGUUCCUUCUUAGAAGCAGGUGUGGGCUCUAAUCCGUCCUUUGUAUGGUCUAGUAUUAGGGAAUCCCAGGGGUUGUUGAAAGAGGGUGCACGAUGGAGGAUAGGAGAUGGUGGCACGGUAAGAGUAUGGGGGGACCCUUGGCUUCCAGAUUCUGAUAACCCUUAUGUUGUGACUGAGGAACAGCAUUACUUACAUGCACCUUUGGUUCGGUCCCUCUUCUGUGUAGACAGAAACAAAUGGGACAGUGAUCUGCUGCGUGAUAUUUUUGAACUAAGAGACGUUAACCUGAUUCAAAAUCUGCCAUUACCUAAUGAACCUAUGCCUGAUGUGCUGUAUUGGGGAGGGGAAGACAAUGGGCUAUACUCGGUUAAAAGUGCUUAUAGGUUGGCCUUUGGUAACUUGGAACAGCAUUACAAGUUGCCAUGGACUGCUGUAGCUUGCGAUUUGAUGUGCCCGUUAUGUGGAGAUGAACCUGAAACAGCGAUCCACUUGUUCGCAGAUUGUAGCUUUGCCCAUUCGUGUUGGCAGGAGAUUCAAAUGGGGUGGCCUAUGGAAUCACCAGGUUCAAUCGGGCUGUGGGUUGAUGAAGUGUGGUUAGAAUUACCUUCUAAUAUGGUGGAAAAGGUGGUAACUAUUUGCUGGGCAAUUUGGGAGAACCGCAACUCAAUGAUUUGGAACAAUCAAUGCAUGGAUUCUAGAACGAUGGUACGUGUAGUUUUGGCCUAUGUACAUGAUUGGAAAACUGCUCAACCCCAUCAACCUACCAUGAUGAAUGCGCUGCAUACUCCAUCCCCGGUAACGGCUUGGAGGCCUCCCCCACUAGGUUGCUAUAAACUUAACAUCGAUGUGGCUUUGGAUUUUGAUGCACAUAGUAUGGGCUUCGGCUGGCUGCUCCGUGACGCUGCAGGCGUGGUGAUGGGAGCAGCUAUCUCUAUGAUCAAGGGAAUCUACUUUGUCAAGGAGGCGGAGGCCAUUGGUGCCCGUGAAGCUUUGAGUUGGAUUAAAAAGAACGGGUGGUCUCGGGUAGUGCUUGAAACUGAUGCACAAGUGGUGAAAAAUGCUGUGUUCACAGGUCAGCAUUGCACACCUUUUGGAGCUAUUAUAAAUGACAUUCGUAUGCAGCUGAAGCAACUUCCAUUAGUUAAUUUUGUUUUUGCAAAAUGUGAGGCAAAUGUUCCGUCUCACAAUUUAGCAAAGUAUGCUUUAAGUAAUUCUGGCGAGGGAGUUCUGGAAUUUUUUGACUAUAUUCCCCUUUUCAUUUCCUCCUCUGUAUUGGAUGACUAUUUUGGUUUAUAUUAA